AUUCUUAAUCCAGUCAUUCGUCUACAUUUUGAGGUAGAGAACACACCGAGUUCUUGACUGUGGAUAUUUUAUUAAAAAUGAAAGCCGUAAUUUUAUUUGCUUUGGUCGCCGCUGUGUGCGCUGAUGUUUCACACAUUUUGCAAGAAGAUGGAUACCAUUACCAAGUUCCAAGCCAACCCUUCCCAUCUCAGCCAUUGGUUGUAGAUAUUCCAGUUCCAGCACCAUCACCAGCUGUUUACACACCAGCCCCAUACAAACCAGUUCAACCUGUGCAACCAGUGCAGCCACAAUCACAAUACUUGCCCCCAGUACCAGCCCCCAGGCCACAACCUGUUGUCCAGAUUGCACCCAGACCACAGCCAACAUUCGCUCCAGUGCAACCUGCUCCAAGACCACAACCAACUUUCGCCCCAGUGCAACCAGCUCCAAGGCCACAACCAACUUAUGCCCCAGUGCAACCAGCUCCAAGGCCGCAACCAACCCCAGUGUUGCAACCUGCACCAAGGCCACAACCUACAUUCGCACCAGCUCCAAGACCUCAACCAGCUCCAGUGCAACCAGCACCAAGGCCACAACCUACCCCAGACAGAGAAUACUUGCCACCAACUCCAGUCGCACCAAAACCACAAUACCAAGCUCCCCAACCUACAUAUAAGCCACAACCAGCUCCAACCCCAGCACCACAACCAAUCUACAGGCCACAACCUACCCCUGCUCCACAACCAAUCUACAGGCCACAACCUACCCCAGCACCUCAACCAAUUUACAAACCAGCUCCUCAACCACAAUACCAAGCACCCCAACCUACAUACAAGCCUGCACCAGCUCCACAACCAAUCUACAAACCAGCUCCUCAACCACAAUACCAAGCUCCCCAACCUACAUACAAGCCAGCACCUCAACCACAAUACCAAGCUCCCCAACCUACAUACAAGCCUGCACCAGCACCAGCUCCACAACAAAUCUACAGGCCACAACCCCAGCCUGCUCCUCAACCAAUCUACAAGCCCCAGCCAGCACCUCAACCAAUCUACAAGCCACAACCAGCACCACAAGUUGUCUACCAACCUGAGCCUCAGCCAGAAUACGAAAACCACUCUGAAGACGGUUAUGUCUACAACAACAACCCUAACCCAUCUUUCAGCUUCAAAUUGACAUUAAUUAUUCUGGCUCUUGUUGGACUUGCUGUCGCCGAUGUGUCACAUCUCGGUCGUCGUGUGCCUGAUUCAGCUACCCAAGGACCAAACCCUCAAGAUAUUGCUACUCCCGAACCAGAAUACAUUGAUAUCGAUCUUCCAGAGCCACCAAGACCAGCUCCAGUAGCUAUUCAAGCUCCAAUUGCAGCUCCAAUUAGUGCUCGUUAUAGCCAAAUUCCUGCACCAACUUAUCAUCAUGAACCUGCACCAGCUCAUAGCUUUACUCCAGGUGGUGGAUAUCGUUACAAGCGUCCUUUACCAGGAGUGUUUAUGGUAGCUCUGUUGGGAACCUGCCUUGCUGAUGUUUCUCACUUAGAUACCGAUCUACAAGAAGAUGGCUACCAUUAUAAGCAACCUUCACAGCCAUUCCCAUCUCCAUCGGACGGUAAUGGAGUGGGACCUGAUGAGCAGCCACAGCCACCGACACCAAGUAGACCUCGACCUAUGCCAUCACGGCCCACUCAAAUAACACCAGAGUAUCUACCUCCAGAUGAUGAUCAGCCAGGUCCCCCACCACCACAACCAUCACCUUACCCAAAACCCCAACCACAACCUAGACCCCAACCUCAACCACAACCCAGACCCCAACCACAGCCCCGUCCACAACCCCAACCUCAGCCCCAACCUCAACCAGACGAGCCAAGCAGCGAAGAAGGAUCUCUGCCAUCAGUUGAAUACGGUCCCCCACCUACCAAACCUAGGCCACAACCCAGUCUUCCACCUGCCCCACCAACUCCUGAAUACAUUCCACCAGCACCACGUCCAACACCAGGCCAAACACCUCAACCAGAACCAGAGAGGGAAUACUUGCCACCAAGUGAAAACGAAGUCAAUCCCGAACCACAACCGGAACAAACAUAUCCAGCUCCAAAACCAACAGCUCCCGAACAACCUUCACAACCAACAUACCCCGAAACAACUUACACUCAACCAGAUACAUCACAACCAACCUACCCUGAGCCAGAAUCAACUUAUCCAUCAUCACAGCCAACAUAUCCUGGCCCUGAAACUACUAACGUCGAACCACAAUCAACAUAUCCUGCACCACAACCAUCAUAUCCAGCUCCAAGUUCUCAACCCGAAGAACCCGAACCAGCGCAUGAACUUGGACCUGAAGGUUAUAAAUAUAAAGUACCAUCGAAAACAUUUAAAUAUUAAAUGCAAAUGUUCAUUAUGCCUAAAUAGUUUAAAUUUAUUAUAAUCUAUUAUGUAUCUCUAUCUGUAUCCUUAUUAAAUGUUAAGUUCAAUGUAAGUAAUGUUGUGUAUGAAAUGCCAAAUACAAAAUGUUAAUAUAAAACAAAAAAUAAAAUAAUUCAAUUACCUAAACUAAAUAAUCCAUAAAUAGCCGAGCCGAUGCUGCAAAUAAAUAGCUAAAAUGU